AACGAUUCAGACUGCAGUUACACCGAAGAAUAUGUUGGAGCGGCCGCAAGAGUAAGUGUUUACGGCGAUGCAAGGAUUGUCGUUCCCUAUUCCGACGAACCCCUUGCUGAUGAGGCUUGGUUGGAAGAGUAUAGGAGAGAAAAAGAAGAAGAGCAAAGAGAAGAAGAAGAAUUGAAAAAACGACUUGAUGGUAGCACAAAGCUUAAAUCGUGGUGUGAAUGUGGGAAAUGUGACAGAAUAUUGUUGCAAAAUGCAAUGGAAUGUAGAUGUUGCUUGGAAAUUGAUCUUUGUGUUGAGGCAAUAAAUGAUGAGUUGGUGUUCAGAGAGCUUGGUUGUGUACCAUCUUGUAUGACCCCACAUCCAGGAUUCAGGCCAGUAUGUCUUGAAACAUGGUCAUUGCGUCUUGCAUCUACAAAAUAUAAGACAAGAAAAGGACAGAAAUAUAGGCAUACUGGAUCUGUUCCUGAGGAGAAAUUUCUUAGGAGUGUCUCGUAUAGAGAGUUUACAAGCCUGGUCUAUGGAAUCAUUGGGAAAAGAAGAGUACCUUUGCCUGCAUGUGCAUAUCAUGCUAUCCGUAACAAAUUUAAAGAAAAUGACAUAUUUACAGGGUAUGUGGAUGAUGUAAAUGAGUGAAUAACUGCAUUUAUACAAAACACUGAUCUUGUUUCUUACUGUGAAUCAAAGUAGUUGGUUCAUUCCUUUUCAUUGUCAAAAUUUGGGCAAUCUGUAUAUUUAUGGCCUUUCAUUGGUUGGUUGCA